AUGGCACAGAUGUGCACAGCUGAAAAUGGUAAAGACGCCCCGAACGUCUCGAAUAGUGCGAGGACUGAGAAAAGAACAGCCCCCGACGUGCCCCACAUUGUGCAGGCCUACUCCAAGCACAGCGACAGCAUCACCGUGGCGUUCACGGAGGUUGCCGGGGCGACCAGCUACGCCCUGAGGGCAAUGCUUCCAAGCGGUGACUUCUUCUCAGAAACUACGGCGAAAAGCUCCCCGGCCACCGUCGUUGGACUGCAGCCUCAUACAAACUACAAGCUGAGCAUCAUGUCGAUCAACUCGGGAGGGCGGAGCCAAGCUUCGCACGCCAUCAACGCCUCGACGGUGGUGACGGCGCCUGAGUUGAACACAUCCUCCCCUGAUGACGGGACAAUCGUGGUGUCGUGGUCCCCCGUCGACCAUGCCGUCCUCUACGUGCUUUGCAUCAUCCGGCACGGCUCCGGCACACGCCUCAAGGUCAACACCACUGACCACACAAUGACCUUUGGUGACCUCGAGGCCGGGACAACUUACUGCAUCAAAGGCGAAGCCUGGGACUCGGAAGGUCGUGCUGGUGACGACCUCACUGUGUGCCAGAUCACACGUCCACCAAGUCCAGAUUCGGUUCACGUCCAGGUGACCCUGGGCGGGGCCUUGGGAAUUACCGUGUACUGGAUGUCAGUGAAAGGAGCUGAGGACUACCUGGCUUUGACCACUAAUGGUCAAAACUGUACAAACGCAGCCAGUAAGCACUGUUACAUCAGCCCGCUGGGAUGUGGUCACAAUCACUCCGUCUCCGUCACCGCUUUCAACUCCGCCGGACCCAGUUUGCCCUCACCCCCUGCAAACUACGUUACAUACCCGUGCCCCCCAGACAACAUCCGGGUGGAGGAAGCCCAAGCUGACAACUGCUCAGUCCUCUGGGAUGAGGUCCCACUUGUGGACUUCUACAUGGCUUUCAUAAAGAGGGAUGACGGUAGCGAGAUGUCCUGCAACACCACCGGAACCAGCUGCCACUUCCAGUGCGGGUGUGGUUAUACGUACCUCACCAGCGUCUUCCCCUACAACCGGGCCGGCUGCAGUCCUUUUGCGCGUGUGCACAACUACACCACCGUUCCAUGCUGCCCAGAGCAUGUUUCUUUGAAGUCUGUUUCCACGGACACCCUGGAGAUCACGUGGUCAGAGGUCAAAGGGUCAGAGCUUUACCAGACGACGGCAAAGCAGGUUGACCAGGUCAUCCGCUGCAACGACACGGCGCCGGUGUGCGCGCUGUCGGAUUUGAGGUGCAACGCCGUUUAUUCCGUGGUGGUCAGUCCAUGUAGCGAGCUCCGGGGGUGCAAUGGCACUUGCCCGCCGCGCACGCACGAGACGGCUCCGUGUUCGCCGGAGAUUCUGAAUAUGACGCAGAUCAACCGGUCCUCGUACAGAGUCCUGUUCACUACCCCAAACGGCCAGAAUACAGACUACACCGUCACCGCCACCGGGCGCUACGAUACUCACACUUGCUCCGGAAGAAACGCGUCAUGUGAGCUAACGCGCUUGCCCUGCGGGUCAACGUACGAGGUCACAGCCGCGGCUGCCGCAAGGGCGGGCCGGAGUCUACCCGGAUACAGUAGCGUUUUAGAAACGGGUCCCUGCUGUCCCGCGUCCAUGAACGUCACCCAGGUGACGCAGUCGAUGACAAACGUGAGCUGGUCGGCCGGCGGCGGAGCUCGCUCCUACGUGGCCACGCUGACUUGGUCGCACGGACGCGCCAAGUGUCACACGGCCGAUACACGAUGCUUGAUGGGAUGUAUCGGCUGCGGGACGAACUACAGCGUCCACCUGGAAGCCAUCGGCGCCACCGGACGCACAUCCCGGUGCGAAUUUGGCGACUUCGCGUCAAGCGCCUGUUGCCCGACCGACGUCAAACUGUAUCGCUGGGCGAACGACUCCCUCAGGGUCUACUGGCGCUCCUCGCGGACCCCGCAGAUCCACACGGUGGAGCUAUACGGAACAGCCGCCAACUACACGUGCAUCGCGGCGGCCGACAGCAAACACUGCGACAUCCGGGAGGAAAGCUGCGGGGACGUCUACGCGGUGGUGGCGGCGCCCAUCGGACCCGGCGGAGUCAAAGUUGAGUUCUGUCAGCGGAGGACGUACUCGGUUCCUUGCCCGGGAUUUAACGGCGGCAUUAUGAUCUCUCGGGGAAGAAGAAGCCUCAAGUAAAGGUCGGGAGUCUGCGAACGACACCGCAGCACGGAGGAGGAGUGUAAUUACAGCCCCCGUUUGCACGUCCGCUAUACAUGGAUGAAAUACGACACCGUACGCUCCUGUUUAGGAAUGUCGUAGCCCAUCGCUGCUGUUUGCAUAACGAUACGUAUGUAUGGAUUAUGUCUUUUGUUGCAAGAUGAUU